CUAUGGACAGAGAAUGGUGGUUCACCCAUCAAAAUGACAGGUCGUUUAUCUGCCGGAGGAUUGCUUAUGCCUAGAAACUUGAAUUUCCGUACUGGACACAACGGAUAGAAGCUACCUUGCAUCAAAACCCUUGCCAGAACCCUAAACUCAAAUCGACAUAGUCGCAAACAGUCAAAGCAAUGGCUUUGGCGAUCUCAAAUGUCUUUAAUUGCCCUAAACGCCAAUUUGCACAGAGGAAUUUCAAUCUCAAACGCUCGCGUUCAAUAUUAGCUCCUCCAUCUGUCAGAUUUUCUAGAAGAUUUCCGGAAAAUAGAAGGGUGAUUUGUACUGCCGCAUCUGCAGCUGGAAGUUCAAGCCCAGACAGUGAUCUAAAUCCAUAUGAGGUCCUUGGUGUGAGCCCCAUUGAGGGGUUUGACAUGGUGAAGGCAGCGUAUACAAAAAAGCGAAAGGAGGCUGAGAGGAUAGGUGAUGAAGCAACUGCUGCUCUGCUUGAAAAAGCUUAUGAUAAACUGAUGAUGUCACAAUUAACAAAUCGGAAGAAGGGUAUGGCAUACGGUUCAUUUAAGGUCUCGAAGGACAUAAAAUAUGCUGAUAAGCAGCCAAUUGUACCAUGGGGACCAAGGUUUGCAAAGUCCAGUGUCCAAGACAUGCGCAUCAACUUGGCAAUAUCUGCUGCAUUUAUAGCUUGGAUUCUUAUCAAACGGAAUGCUGAUUAUAAACCUUUGCAGUUUUUGGCUUUUGCAUUUGUAUAUCGAAUUUUUGAAAAGUUAAAAGCCUUCGAACCACCUGUAUCACCAACAUAUACAGAAGAUGGUGAAGAUGAUGGGCGGGCACUACGAAUGGGAAAACGACUUCUUCGUUCUCUUGCACUAGUUUUUGGCUGUAUUGCUUUUGCCUCUCUGGCAUACACUGGUAUUUUGAAUUUGAUCGAGUUUCUUGGCAGCUAUAUACCUGUUUUCCUUUACAACAAUCAGGAACUGUUAGUCACCACUUCAUCAGCUGUCAUGCUCUAUAUUUUGGGAUCAUAUUAUCGAUAAUGAAUUGGCGAAGAGGUUGAGAGCAGCGUGGCGAGGUUUUCUUGAGCUGGUUUCAUUCUAAGUUCGUUUCGCUGCCAAAUUAUCAAAUGAGGAUGUAAAAUAAACAAA